CCGCAGCUACUCCGGGCGCUCGGGCCGGUCUUCGUCGCACCGCGGCGGCGCGGGCGGCAGCGGCGCGGGCCUGGACGACGAGUACUGCUCCCCGCGGCGGCGGCCGCCGCGCAAGACGGCUUCGGAGAGCGCCAUGGGCGGCCAGGGCUCCCGCGACCUGGCGCUGUCCGACCUGGCCACCACCUCGCCGUCCGACGACCGCACCGACGCCGCCAGCUACUGCUCCACCUGCUCCUCCAGCUCCUCGAGCGACGAGUACGCGUACGCGCUGCCGCCGCGCCGCGCCUACGGCGGCGUCCGCAUCUCCUACGUGCCCAACGACGCGCUCGCGUGCGCCCG